GCCGUGAAAAGUGGUGUGUUCUUUGGUGAGUUUGGUGUGGGCACGUUGCAUAACUGUGCCUGGACCUUCAUACACGAACCCCCUUUGUCCCCUCCAAACCUCUCCCUCCUUGUCCCAUGUAAGAGGGAAGAGGGAUAAAAGGUGAUGAAAUCAAGUGAUCCUGCAGUAAUUCCAGAGCUGAUGCCCGUAGUUCCUCUCCAGUAUGCCCUCGCUUUGGGAAGGAGAAAUGGACAACUUCUCCUUUCACUU